AACAGGAAGCAUCGUGACAUUUCUCCCAUCCUCAGCGCAAUCCAGUGGCCCUACGGUUUGCGAUUGAGCAUCAUGGAGCCUCCACGCUCGACUUCCCGAUCGCGUCGCUCCUACCCGAACCUCCCGAACCUCUCCAUAGCCCCACUCAGCGCCAAGUACCCUCUCGAUGCAUCCGUACCACCUUCGCCCGACGAGCAAGGCACGCGCACCCCUCGGACGUCGUACAUCGCGCAAAAGUCGGCGCCUACAACUCCAGGGGUUCUAAGCCUCAGCCAGAGCCGCAGCAGCUCGCGGCAGCGCCCGAAGAAAGCAUACGCAUACGACAGCUACUUCGUCAACCCCCGUGCCGAAGUUCGCGAUGUCGGAGACAUCCCAAAAGCAAAGAGUACCAGUGUUCUGCAUCCCGGCGUCAGCUUUGCCGACGAAGUGCUCAGAGUAGAUGAUGGAACUAGGAGACAUCAUACAAGAAAAGGCACAGCGCCUCUACCUCUGCACUCACCACUCGUAAAGCAUCACACCAAAGAGUCAAAUGAAGAGUGGCUGCACCGCGCUGGCUUGGCAAUCGCUGGCGAGACGAGGGAUAGCAAGGGUCAAGGUUGGCUCGUGAGACGAGAGAGCUCCACCAGUCUAGUCGGACAAGGUGACGAAUACGAGAAACACUCUUUACGUGAGGAUAGGCCCAUGGCUCUACUAUCCGGCGAACAUGUCGGUGAUGCGGAAUUUCCUGUGUUCUUCUCACCGCGCAUGUCCAGGGUGGGGAGUCGCAUCCCCAGUCGCGUAGGCUCCCGCGUACCUAGCGCACGGCAGAGUCGACGGGGUAGCAGAGUAGGUAGUCGGGCCGAUCUCAUGAUGUCUGCCGGAUCGAAACCGCAGUCAGGAAGAGCCAGCUUCGAGAUCUCUGAGCUAGAUGAACGCUUCAUUGAGCCUGACUUCAUCGAAGCAGACGAAGAAAGCGAUGGCGAUGAGGAAGAAGUCGCUCGCUUGGCGCGCGAACGCGGGUUCGGGCUUGGAGGUUGGAUGGAUCGCCUUAUCGGAUGGACACUGUUCUCUGUUGACGAGGACAGAGAAGCGUCCGAUGAGGAUGAUGCGGAAGAUGAUAGGAGCUUGCGACUAGACAAUCUUACAACGGAGGAGCUGAAAUUACGCCGCGAAGUCGAAGCCAAGCGACGGAAGCUCGAACGAGAAGCCAUCAUCGCUGCGUCUGCUCUGCGGAGACAAGAAGGUGAUGCGACGACUACAGAUACAGAGAGCCGCCCAACAACCGGGGACUCGCAACGCACGACGGCCAAUGAAGAGGUCGGCGGUUGGCAAGAUGCCGCGUGGCUACUGAGCGUUGCUUCGAAAGCUUUGUUCUGAUCACAGUAAUUAUCACAACAGUGAACAAUUAUACCCAAAACUACUGAAUUCAGUAGUUAUAUCAGCGAUUCCUCCAUAGUUGGUACUUGCUGCUACAAUGGAAUAGUUUACAGCGCUAGCGAGGUUGUCCGCUCAGCGCUUGUAUCUUCGGCGCUCAGUACUUUUCAAAUACUUCUUGACUUUCCCCAUAUCGCUGACUUCUACUGCAUCCUCAAUCCCAGAUCUACCUCACCUUGCCCUUCCGACAUACUAGGCGGUCUAUCUUCCUUCUUCGUACCCCAAUCACUUUCCGUAUCUCCCAGCACAAGCUCGAGCGUC